UUUUCUUUUAAUUCCAAUUUUACACCACCUCUUUUAUGACUUUGCACACUAGUUGUAUAUUUAUUCUGCUGUUUAUCAAAUCUGUUCAACUUAGAAUUUCACUAAUUUAUAUAUAUUUUUCUUUUUAAAAUAAUGCAUCGUUGGAGCAAUAUGAUGGAGUCGAAUGAUAUUUUUAAUGUGACGCCACCAUCAACUUCCACUCCUAAGGGCUUGAAAAGGAAAAAAGUGCAACUAUCGCAUAAUUUUUACGCUAGCUCUUCAAGGCAAGUACUCACUCCGCACAGCCAAAACAUGUUUUGCUCUGAAGAAACUGCAACUGCUUCCGAGGGCUUAGAUGCAAACAAAGAUAUAAUGGCCAAGUUAGAUUUAAUUUUGGAAAAGCAAUUGAACCUGGAAAGUCGCCUGGACAAAUUGGAAGAAAACAAAUUUUCAAACUGCAUGGACGCAUCGACUUCGAAAAGGAAGUCCGAAAGAGCGUUGAGCAAAGCCACAACAGGCAAAAGCAAAAACGCUAUUUGCUGA